AUGAGCCGCGCGCGGGGGGCGCUGUGCCGGGCCUGCCUCGCGCUGGCCGCGGCCCUAGCCGCGCUGCUGCUGCUGCCACUGCCGCUACCCCGCGCGCCCGCGCCGGCCCCGACCCGGGCCCCGGCCCCCGGCCCCGGCCCACACGCUCCCCCUGCCCGUCCCGCCACCGCCCCCCGCCUGCGGCCCGACGACGUCUUCAUCGCGGUCAAGACCACCCGGAAGAACCACGGGCCGCGCCUGGGUCUGCUGCUGCGCACCUGGAUCUCCCGGGCCCGACGGCAGACGUUCAUUUUUACCGACGGGGAUGACCCUGAGCUACAGCUCCUGGAAGGCAGCCAUGUCGUCAACACCAACUGCUCAGCCGUGCACACACGCCAGGCUCUGUGCUGCAAGAUGUCAGUGGAAUAUGACAAGUUCAUUGAGUCUGGACGCAAGUGGUUCUGCCAUGUGGACGAUGACAACUACGUAAACCCCGAAGGCCUGCUGCAGCUGCUGUCCACCUUCUCACCCAGCCAAGACGUCUACCUGGGGCGGCCCAGCCUGGACCACCCCAUCGAGGCUACCGAGAGGGUCCAAGGAGGUGGAACCGUAACCACGGUCAAGUUCUGGUUUGCUACCGGAGGGGCCGGGUUCUGCUUGAGCAGAGGCCUUGCACUCAAGAUGAGCCCAUGGGCCAGCCUGGGCAGUUUCAUGAGCACAGCCGAGCGGGUGCGGCUGCCGGACGACUGCACGGUGGGCUACAUUGUGGAGGGGCUGCUGGGCGCCCGCCUGUUGCACAGCUCGCUGUUCCACUCCCACCUGGAGAGCCUGCAGAGGCUGCCGCCCGACACCCUGCUCCAGCAGGUCACCUUGAGCUACGGGGGUCCUGAGAACCCACAUAAUGUGGUGAACGUGGCCGGAGGCUUCAGCCUGCAGCAGGACCCCACGCGGUUUAAGUCCGUCCACUGCCUUCUUUACCCGGACACGGACUGGUGUCCUGAGCAGAAGCAGAGUGACGUCGCCUCUCGGUGAACCUCGACGUCGACCCAAAUAUGCCUCUGGCUCUGCCCCAGGUGCAAGUGGACGACGCCUGCCUGAGGGAGCAAGAACAGUGCUGUUCCCUCCUGGGUUCCAGGCGGCCACGGUCACGGUCUCAUCCAGGGAGAUAAGGG